GUCGUUCACUUACAUUCAACAAGAAACUUUUAAAAAAAUACUUAAAGUCAUCAUGAAAUAUAUUCAAUUAUUCUGUAUUGUCUUAGUCGCUUGCUUUGUAUCAGCUAAAGAAGAAGGCAGAGGAACAUUAUUUGCUAAAGAUGAUCAUUCAGUUGUUCUUGCCAACAUCAAUUCUCAACUAGCUGCUCUUCAGACACAAGUCACAGCAAACGCUAAUGCACUAUCAGCUUCAAAUGGUCAAAUUUCAAAUCUUAAUACACAAAUUGCAGCUGCAAUCACUGCAGCAAAUGCAGCCGCAACUGCUACAGCAGCAACACAAACAAGAAUCAAUACCUUAAUAUCAACAUUAGUUCAACAAGAAAAUGCAAUUUUGGCUGCCAUGACUGCUGCUGCUCUCCCUGCUCCUGUACUUGCAGCACAAACUAGUUUGAUUGCUGCUAUCACUGCCUUGAAUGCACCAAUAGCUGGUUAAAAAAUAAUCUUAAGGACUUAUACGAUUUUUAAGUGAAUUAAAUUUAAAAAGGUCAUUUAGCGUUAUCACUUAAAAAUCAUGACAGCUUUGUGUCACCGUUCUUCGUCAAUCACUUAUCAAAAAACUGGACAUUUCUCUAAGCUUAAUAUUUAUUUUUAUUAAAUAUUCAAUUCUAAAAGAUAAAUAAAAAUUGAUAACAUUUCAUCUUU